AUAAAUAUAGACCCAAAAUGCGUUACCUCCCUGCGAUUCAGAGGAGAAAACAAUCCCUAAAUUUAAUAACUUAAAUCAAACAAAAUUAAUAAAAAUGGCAAGCGGUGGGAAGGUUUCAUUCAAGGUUACGCUGACCUCCGAUCCCAAGCUCCCUUUCAAAGUGUUUAGCGUUCCUGAAGCUGCUCCCUUCACCGCCGUUUUGAAAUUCGCAGCUGAGGAAUUCAAGGUCCCUCCACAAACCAGCGCUAUUAUCACCAACGAUGGUGUAGGAAUCAAUCCUCAGCAAAGUGCAGGUAAUGUCUUCCUCAAACAUGGUUCUGAGCUACGUUUGAUUCCCCGUGAUCGUGUUGGAGCUUCAAGGAUGUUGGAAACUGCAGCAUCAUUUGAGUAAAGAGGCUGGUUCAUUUCCUUGGUUGCUUUAAAUCCAUUGAGUUUCUUUACAUUUUUUAAUGUUGGGAGCAUAGAAGAAAUAUUUCCUGUGCAUCAUACUCCUUUUAUAUCAUAGACCUUGUGAUAUAAAAAGUUUCUAAAAUGGAUGGACUAUUCUAUAA